AUGGGGCUCGGCAUACUCGAGGAUCACAAGCUGGAGCACGUCCCUGGGACGGCGAACGUACUCGAAGAUGAGCGAAGGAGACAAGAGGACCAGGCGGAAUCUCGCGAUGCGAACCUGAAGUAUGAUAAGACGGGAAAGAUACUGCUCGUCCCGCAACCUAGUGACGACCCCAACGAUCCGCUUAACUGGCCACUAUGGCAGCGCGAUGUCAUUGUAUGCAUUCUCUCACUCGUCUCUGUCAUCGCAGCAACACUUUCCCCUCUGCUCGCCGCAGACACCGUCUCCCUCGCCAUCUACUUCCAACGCUCCUUCACCGACAUGGCUCUCCUCACGGGCUACCACCUCCUCGGCGUGGGCCUCGCAGGCUUCCUCUUCGUGCCCUCCGCACGUAUUUGGGGAAAGCGACACGUCUAUCUGCUUGGCGCCAUCACCAUUAUAUAUAGCAGCGCAUGGGGCGGCGCGAACGGGAAGAAUUACAAGUCUCUUCUAUGGGCACGAAUCUUCCAAGGCAUAGGGCUUGCGCCUUUUGAAGCGCUGGUCAAUGCCAGUGUGGGUGAUUUGUACUUUGUGCACGAGAGGGGUCUGAGGAUGGCACUGAGUAAUCUUGCUUUGUUCGGAGGUGCCUUCCUCACGCCCGUGUUGGUGGGAAAGAUUGCGGCGGAGAUAGGAUAUGAGUGGACAUUCUACUUCGUCGCCAUCUUCACGGCGGUGCUUUUCCCCUUGUUGUUCUUCUUUUGUCCUGAGACGACAUACAGAAGAGAGCAGCGGUUCGAUAUCGAUACAAUGGGAAAUUUCGUGGAGCCCACGCCGCCAACGGCGUCGAAGGAAAUGGCAGUGGAGUCAUCAGCGGGUACAUCCGGCGAGCUGGACAGUACUGGCAAUGCUGCGAACAUGGAGGGAGUCAGGGCACAUCCUCACCUUCGAACCAAGAUCUCGUGGAAGAGAAGUCUUUUGCCCUUCAACGGCCGCCACACGGAUGAACGUUACCUACACCUCCUCCUGCGACCCUUCCCGCUCUUUUUCCAUCCCGGUAUUCUCUGGGCCUGUCUUAUACAAGGCGCUUUGAUUGGAUGGACGGUGAUGAUCGGAGUUGUUCUCGCAGCUAUCAUGCUAGGCCCCCCGCUCUGGUUUGGCGAAGAAAAGACAGGCUACAUGUACACAGGCGCUUUCGUUGGAGCACUCAUUGGCUUCAUGUUAUGUGGCCUUGUAUCAGAUUGGUCAGCCAGGUUCCUCACGCGUCUCAACCACGGCGUGUACGAGCCUGAAAUGCGAAUGUUUCUUGUCCUCCCACAACUUGUGCUCGGGUGUGCAGGGCUCUAUGGCUUCGGCUACACAGGUGGCGACCCAUACAAGUAUGGCUGGUUCUGGCCGGACUUCUUCUUCGCGCUGGAGGUGGCAGGUAUGGUUUGCGGUGCUGUGGCGAGUGCGCUAUAUAUCGUCGACGCGCAUCGCGACAUGUCUGUUGAAGGCUUCACUUGCCUGCUCGUCUUCAAAAAUAUUUUCUCAUUUGCUCUCACGUUCAAAGGCUUCGAAUGGAUUCAGAGAGGCAAGGUGCAGCCUGUCUUCACGGCAAUAGCGAGCGUCCAGGUAGGAAUUUGCAUGACAACUGUGCCCCUUUAUAUUUUCGGCAAGAAGAGUCGCUCUUUCUUCCAUCGCAACAACAUCUACUUCAAGCUCACAGAUGCUAUUGCGGAUAGAGUCAUGGUUCCUUUGGAUUGGAUUGGGAGUAAGAUCUUUUUUUUGGAAUUCUAA